GACCGGGUGAGUGACACGUGAGGGAGCGAGGUUUGCUGGGACUUGUAGUGCUGCGUAUUGUACUGUGGAAUGUAGGUGCGGAGUGCGGGUCCGCGAAGAUGAGGAUGAUGAAGCGUUAGUCUCUUAUGGUGGCGAGGAAGCUCCGUACAGCAGACAGCACUUUACGGGAGUGUUUAUAACCAAGUCAGAAUAUCAGGCUUCCAUGGAUCCUGUGUGGUGAAGCUUUGGCGAGGACCACGUUCUGCAGGUCGGAAUCGGGCAAGGAGGUCUGUGGAUAACGAGCAUGAAGAGCGAAACGUGUGUCCAGAGCACCAAUGACUUCAGCACCCUCAGUAAGGUCUCUGCUGCCUCCGCCGGAUACUUCACAGAUGACUUCCAGAAACACUUUGUGAGCCGGACCUGCAGGAGAUCCCCUCUCAUCAACCGGGGGUAUUGUGUCCGGGCCCAGGCCAUCACUCACUGUGUGAACGAGUUCCUGCAGGACGCAGCGGAAGCCCCCCACAGGCAGGUGCUGAGCCUUGGCUGUGGCUUUGACUCUCUUUACUUUCGGGUGUGCGGGAGGAUGGGCAUCCAGAGGAGCACAAGUAUCUGGGAGGUUGAUUUCCCUGCCGUGGUUCAUCGGAAGCGUCUCAUGGUUGACCAGAGCCAGGCACUGAAGAGUCUUCUGAAGAACAUGACGUCACCCACAGGUUUUGAUGAGAAAGACGCCGUCGUUCUGGACUCUCAGGAUUACAGACUGAUCGGGGCGGAUCUCAGUGAUGUUGUUGCUCUGGAUUCUGCUCUGGAGGGAUCCGGCAUCCGGUGGGAUUGUCCUACUCUCAUUCUGGCAGAAGUGGUGCUGUGCUAUAUGGAUCCUGCACGAUCUGGAAAUGUGAUUGGCUGGGCAGGACAGCGCUUCCUCCAGUCUCGCUUUGUUGUCUAUGAGCAGUUCUUCCCGGAUGAUGCUUUUGGUCGGGUUAUGGUCGAUCACUUUGAUUCUCUGAAUUCUCCUUUGCGCUCUGUGAGUGUUUACCCACAACUCUGGGACCAAGAGCAGAGGUUUCUUCAGAAGGGCUGGCAGAGAUGUCGGGUCUUGGAUAUGAAUCAGUUCUCCGCAUCUUGUGUCUCCGAGUCAGAAAAGUUGCGCAUUGAGUCUUUGGAGCCGUUUGAUGAGUUUGAGGAGCUUCAUCUCAAAUGUUCUCAUUACUUCAUCCUUGUGGCAUCACAAGGGGACCUGGCGGACAUCCCAGCCCUGCGGCCUGUCGCUGAAAUUGCAGACUUCACUGUGUUGCCCCCUCCAGCUUCUCGUGGGGCUGUCCUUGCUCGCCUCCUGUCCCCAGCCAUCCGUGGUUUACGUCGAUUUGGUCAUCGCUCCUGUUUAGUUUCUCCUCAGUCUGUUCUUUCUACUGGAGGUUUUGGUGAAGGAAAUGGCAAACACCAGAGAUUAAGAGAUCUCCAUCUGUUACUACAGGAACAAGACACCUGGAGCAGAGAGGUGACCACAAGUCAAUGGGAUGGACGCCUCCUGCACUCACUCACUCCCCUGACGAGCGGUGGCCUUUUGGUUCUUGGUGGUCGAUUUUCUCCCUAUCGUCCAGCUGCUGAAGCUCAGAUGCUCACGUAUGACAAUGUGACCGGUCAAGUGACCAUCACUCUAAGAAAUCUACAUCUGGAGCUCAGGCGAUGGAGGCACACUGCAACUGAGGUUUCUCUCUACGGUCGCUUCUAUGUGUUUGUGUUUGGAGGUCGCUGUCUGGAGUCACCAGCUCUACAGGAGGCCAUGUUUAUCCACACAGAGGACAUGACCAUGGCUCAGGUUCCAGUGGAGGGUGUGGCCCCUCUGGGUUGUCACAGUCACAGUUCCUGUGGAUGGAAAGGGGGAGCUGUGUUAUCAGGAGGAAUUCUGACGUCUGGGGUCCCCACUGGCUCCAUUACUAUCCUGAAGCCGGCCGGAUCUCAUUUCUCUUGGGAACAUUUGGACACUACCCCUCCGCUGAUGCCGAGAUACUCUCACAGCUCACACGUCAUUGGUGAGAAGCUGCUGCUGGUUGGUGGGGUCUGGAUUCAUGCUCGGGGAGUUCCUGGACUGACAAUAGUGGAUCUGAUCACUGGACAGGUCUCUGAGUAUCGGAUCGACUCUACCUCACUGGAGUGGCCUCUGAUGCUGCAUGGACACAGCUCAGUUCUUCUUGCGGACAAGAAACAUUUGCUACUUCUUGGUGGAGGUGGCACCUGCUUCUCUUUUGGGACUCAUCUGAAUAGGCAGCCGGUUGUGUUGAAGCUGCCUUGUUGCUAAAUGCGUUGCUGCACUGUUACGCUCAGGAGCAGAAUUCCUGCCUAAAUGGAUCAGCUCGGAGCUUCCGGUUCCUGAUGGUCUUGUCUUCUGGGGUCAUGGAUGACAUUGACAACUAUAGACUGAGGUUACCACUGCUCACCGGCUGACUAUAGGGCAGUCUUACAAUGCCUUCCCUUUUGUUCUCCCAUCACCCCU